UUUUGACUACAGCUAUGCUGCCCGAUUCAACUUCAGCUCUUCUUCUCCUGAGCGUCCUCCUUGUUCACUCCUCUGUUCUGUCCUGUCGGAUCGGGACCCAAAGCGAGUGUGAUGCUGCUCCAUUUGUACCAGGCUACAACCUGGUAGGGGAAGGUUAUGAUAUAGUCAGACUGCAAAGAAAAGGAGCUUAUGUGAUUGAUGUGAAGACUUAUCUGAGCUCCGCUGACAGCUGUACUCUCUGCUCCAACCCUCUUCAAAACCAUGCCUACCAAAAACUUCCAUCUUCUGUUGUGGACUGGCGUGCCAUCAAUCGAUGCACUGCUGAAAUCUCCAGCAGUCAUCACACCUCUGCCAGCUCUCUGAUUCAGGCUUACACAUCCCACGACACCAAUGAUUGGUCGUUUGGCUUGGAUGUUCAAAAUGUUCUGGAGUCUGGCAAGUCAGAUGUGGGAGGCACCCGCUCCAAUGCUUACAAGUUUGCUUCACAAAGGAGCAAAGAGGACCGCUACACUUUCAGCACACACAGCAUCACCUGCAGCCAUUAUCGUUUUCGUGUAUCAAGCACACCUUACUUAAGCAUAGAUUUCAAAAGGCAGUCAGAAAAUCUGCCAAGUCACUACAACUCCUCCACUGCAGAUGAGUAUGGAGAUCUCAUAAACACCUUUGGCACACACUACUUCAGACUGGUUAUUCUUGGAGGGCAACUAAAACGACUGACAUCUUCACGAAGCUGUUUGUCCUCCCUGAAUGGGUUAAGCUCAAGUGAGGUCCACUCCUGUUUAUCUCUGGGUGUUGCUGUUGGCUUGGGAAAGACGCAACUCACUGGUGCUCUUAAGUCUUGCAAAAAUGUCCUACAAAACCAGGACUCCUCCACUAAUUUCAGCACUGGUCUCCACCAACACUACACAGAGGUGUCUGGAGGAGAUGGUUGGUUGGGGGAGUUUACAAUUUCCAAAAAUGAUUCCAUAAGCUACACAAAAUGGCUACUGAGCCUGAAAAAUACUCCAGAUGUUGUUUCGUUCUCCCUUCGACCGCUCUAUCAGCUUGUGCCAGGCCAGCUUCAAAAGGCAGGGAUGAAAGCUGCUAUUGAGCAGUAUUUGAUGAACAAUGCUGUGAAGAAAUCACCCCAAGAACCACACUGUGAGACCACCACUCCUAAUUUGUCCUCUAACUGCUGCCCUCAGCAAGCCUUAAAGGGAACUCUAUCAGUGACCAUUAUUCAAGGCUACAACAUCAGUGGAGAUAUUGCUGGGAGAACUGAGUGUUUUGUUCACAUAUGGUACGGUUCCACAAAACAGAGCACCCACAUGGUCAAAUCCAACAAUCCGAAGUUCAACGAGAAUUUUGAUUUUGGCAAGGUGGACACAAACAACGUUCUGAGGGUUGAAGUUUGGGAUAAGGACUUGUUCUAUGACCAGUUUCUCGGAGACUGCAGGCGGAACCCGACCCCGGGCACUCAUCAUAUCAAGUGCUCAAUAAAGAGAGGGCGCCUUGAGUUCACAUACACGCUGACCUGUGACCCAUAUCUGACUGGAGACCGGUGCGAGCGUUAUAAACCAUCUCCUGACUGACAGGAGCUUGGUGAUCUUUGGAAAUGAAAGCUUUUCAUUUCAUCACGUAAUAUUAACUCACUAAAUCUGGUAAAAACUCAAAAUCAUUAAUCGUUUAAUUUUGUUAAAGACCCAGUUAAAUGUACAAUAAAAAAUAUUCAAGAUUCUGUGUAACAUUUAAUCACAAGAAAUAACUAUGCUUUAAUAUAUGCAACCAGAAACUG